AUGCCUGCUCAUCCUCCUCCUGCUGGUGGUGGUAUUGAACGUACACGCAAAACCAGUCUUACCAAGCGAGCAAGCACCAAAGUGCGCCAUUUGCUGCAGCGUAACAAGACACGAGGAAAGAGCAACAGCAUUAGUCGUGUGGAAGAAUCACCAGCAACAACAACAACAACAGCAGAAAGGGUGAUUACGAAUAAAACCGACACGAGUGCCGAAAGCAUCAGCACCGGGCAUAGUAGUGGGAAUUAUAGCGAUCAUGACAACAAUACCCAACCGCAGCAGUCAACAACUUUUACAACUACUACCACUACCACUACUAGGAGCAUCAACAGCGAAAAAGAAAAAUCCAGCCCAUCUCUUACUUCUAGUGAAGAAAAGGAAGAAGCUCAUGAUCCUGAGAAAACACAGCAUGAUAACCAAAAGGAGCCUGAUGAAUCAGCCGUACUCACACCAGAGCCUAAUCCAGCAGCUUCAUCAUCAUCAUCAUCAUCAUCACCAGCAGCUAUGGCGGGACCCAUGUCUACAUCCAUAGUGAUGGUAGAUCUUGAGCGGGAUGAGGAUGGCGGAGCGGAACCUAUUAUGAACAGCCAUGCUAAUUUGGCUGAACAAGAAACAUACGAUACAACAGCAACAACGCAUCAUGCCACCACCACCACCAGCAACAACAACAACAACACAAACGUAGUAGUGGAACCACCCUCCCCUACCCAACCACCCCUGGUUGCUUAUGAUUUGAAACAAAUUGAGGAUAUUACAGAGGCAACAUCUCGUGUGGUAUCAUCGGAUGAGGAAGUUGAAGAAGAAGAGGAGGAAGAAGAAUCAUCCUCCUCUCGAGCUGUUGUUGUGCGUCAAGUAGCCUAUGAUGUGGUGGUGCAUCGACACACUGAACGUACCAACAUUGUACGCACCUUGUCAUCCUUGCGUACCAUGGGAUACAAUUGGCCAGUGGCAUUUUCAGCAGCGCUGAUUAUUCAUUUGGGAAUUCCUUUCCGAUUACACUGGCAUUCUCUAGCAGGCUGGAUUCAAUCUCAUGGCAGGUAUCGGGAUACUGUACGUGGAUUGACAUUGGGAGAUGGUUUUCGUGCUGUAAGAGCCAUGGAAUUACGAACACGGAUGCGAUGGUGGCAUCUCAAAACAUGGUUGGUGCAUCGUCUACAAUGGUUACUGACAUUUACAAUCCUCCAUGAUCCAAUGCUCCAUAUGAUCACGUUACCAUCAUUACAACGAUUCGGCAUACAAUAG